AUGCUCGCUUUGUUCCUCUUGGCUCAACAUGUUCUUGCUAAGGAUACAUCAAACGAUUCUUAUAUUGUCAAGAAAAUCGAAUCUUGUCCGGACGAGGGUUAUUUCUUUAAACGGGACAUAAACUUCAACAUCAUAGAACCGAACUGCUAUCUUUGCUUCUGUCAGGAUAACGGAACAGCUGUCUGCUGGCUCAGGCCGAAUAAUAGAUGUGAUACAAAGUAUUAUUACCAUGCUGGGAGGAAAAAGAGAGAAAUCAGAUCACGGCGCUCUCCUGGACUCAGCGACAUAUUCUUCCGUGACGCAUCUCGGGAUUUUUUCAACAAACGAAUGCCGGAACAAUGUAAGCCACACGAAUCGAGUUUCAGCGAGGGAUGCCCGCCAGCCGAUUGGUGCAUUGGUUGUACUGUGUGUGAUUGUGAUGCAAACGGACGAUGGGAUUGUCAUGUUCUAAGUUUUUGUCCUGAUGGUACAGGUAAAAAGCAAAUGAAAAAACGACGUGGUUCAGUUCGCAGUAAAAUUAUGAAAAGGCAACUAGCAACCAAUAAAGAAAGAGAUAAAAUGAGAACAACUACAAAAACGACGAAAAAGCCAACAAGAAAAAGUGCUAGGAAAAAUAAUAGAGGGAACAAACCACAAAUAAAGCAAAACAAGGUAGAACGAAUUAAUGGAAAACAAAGAAAGCAACAAAAGAAGCCAAACAGACGUACGCAACCAAAGAAGCCGAAACCACCGUGCCCCAUGCAAAAUUCAACUAAAGGAAAAUCAAAGAAGUCAAUACUUAAAUCUAGCAAAAGCAAGGAUCUCAAAAUCAAUAAAAAUGAUAUGACUGCUAAAUUUGCUGAAAGUAUUCUUAAGAAGGUUAUGGCUUCAGUUGAAAAAUUCAUCAACGAAAGUCAAAAGAAUUCGAGUAAGUCAAACCGAUCGAAAAAUAUGAAGAAACGACCCAUGUCUAAACAUAAAAAAGGAAAUAAUAAAAACAGUGUGAAUACAGAUAGCAACAAAAUUAAAUCGAAAAUUUUAAAUGAUAAAAUAUGGUCAAAUGUUUCUUCAAAGAAAGCAAAUGAAAAGAUAAGAGCUAAUUGGAGGAGAAAACGAGAUGUAGAAACACAGGAAAUUAGUAAUAAAUUAGUAUUACCGCUAACAGUAACAAAUUCAACAACCCCGGCAGCAUUUCAUACUUAUAACGUAGACUUGAAAGAUGAAAACAAAACGACAGUGAAUGAAUAUUUAGCAACUGCAACAAAUGAUGUGUUAUCAACCUUAGAUCAAACGACGGGGUAUUUCAGCGAAGGAAUAACUAACCAUAUUAACGAAGAAAUGAUUACGCAAACAAAUGAAAUAAUUUUAAAUAGAUCACAGAAAUCUUUAAAAACAUUUUUAAAUACUCACAAAGAGAGGAAUAGCAGUGACAUUAAUCUUCAUUUUAAUAAAACAAGUUACAAUUUAUCUGAAUCGUGUGGAAAAAUAUGUGAACUAAAGAAAACUAUUAGAGAAGUUAUCGUUAGUUUCAAUAAAAUAAAUACGACAAGAAACAAAACUAACAAAGUAAAAGCCAAUCAUUAUAAUAUUUUAACAAAUUUGAAAAAAGUAUUUAGAAAGAUAUUCUUGAAGAAAACAAAUUUAAAAAAUGUAACUAUCGAUAGAAGAAUGCCUUUUCGAAAGCGCAAAAUAAUUAAAGUAUUAUGUAAAAAUAUUGAUUCUUGUAAAAUAAAUCAUGAUAACACAGAAUUACAAUUCAAACUUGAUAAGUUAAGAGUCGAAAGUUUGAAAAUUUUAAAAUCUGUAAGAGUCAUAAAAGGGCUUUUGAAAUUACUAGACAUUCAUGAAAAUAAUGCAAUUACUGAUUUGAAUUACAAGCAAUUUAAUGAUAAUUAUGUUAAUAAAUUAAACGUAAUAUUAAAAGACGAAUAUGCUACAAAAUACGGAAUAACAAAUCUAACAGAAACACAACAAAAGCAAAUUAAUUAUGCCAAGGAAAAUACUUUAAUUUUUGUUGAGUCAAUAGAAAAGUUUUCUAAAAUUUUGAUUGAUGUUAUUAAUAUUCUUAAAAAUGGAGAUAAACGAAAUCAAACACAUUUUUAUCAUAAUUAUGCAAGAGAGCAAGAAUAUAUUAAAACAAAUAACAGUAAGACGAUUAAUGACAAAUUGAUAAAACUAAUUAAUUUAUUAGUCAAAUAUAAUUUGGUUCAGAAUAAAUUUAUGAAGAAAAUGUACGACAUACUAGUAACAUUAGAAGAUAAGGCAAAUACAACAUUUAACGACAAAUUAAAAGAGGUGAGUGUUGAGAAUAUAAAGAGUGAUUACCCUAAUACACUAGAAAAUUAUAUCAAAAACAUAUUUAAAAACCUUAGGAAAUUAAAAGCUCUGCCAGAAAGAUUGAAUUCUAAAAUCAGAAAGAAACGGGCAGCUAUAUACAACGAUGAUGCUGUAGAAUAUCUUUUAAUGCUUAUGGAAUAUUUAUUUAAGCAAAACAAGCCAUCGAAUCUUUCUCCAGUUCAUGAUGGUAUUGAUCUUUUAAUCGAAACCAUUAAGAAUGCACCAGAUAUUAAACCAAUUCAGAAGGAAGUGUUUUACAAUGGUGUCUUACAAACAAAGCAUAGUGAUGAUUCUAUAAAUUUCCAUGGAAAAAAUGUAAUUGCGGAAGAAUAUAAAGAUACAAUAAGUAUAUUCAACAACAAAUUUAAACCUUAUGAAUCAACUGAUAACGAACACGAAUAUUUUAAUGAUUAUAAAGAUUUUAAUAAAGAGAUACAAACGAGCACGCAACCUAACUCUACACCAGAAGAAGUUAAAAUACAGGAUUUAGUCACCAAAAAAACGGUUAGUGUCCACGUCGAUGAAAAUACCAAAUUGGAUAAAUUUAAUGAACAGAUGUUGAAUAAAGACAGACAAGAAGAAAUUAAGAGAUAUGAAGUAUUUGUCGAUGAUACUGCUGAAGAUGACAUGCCUCUCGAUACUACAACUAUUGUAAUAGACACGUCUACAGUUACAGUUCCUAAUACAGAAUCAUUACAUACACCUCCUACAGAGAAUAAAACAAUGAACAAUUAUGAAGCGAGCAAUUCAGACGAUAAGAUUAAGCUAGAAUGGAUUGAAGAAACCUACGAUAAUGGACCAGAACGUGAAAAUAAUACAAAAGUAAAAGAAUCUACAACAGAAGCAAAUGAAAAAGUAACAAAAAAGAUCAAGAAAAUUUAUGAUAAAUAUGCAGAUCCUGUUAGCAGUAUGUCACAUGAAGAUGGGGAACGAAAAUUAUAUACAGAUAGUGAGUCGUAUCACAAGCAGACAAGUCUUCUAAAUUCAUUAGAUUAUAUACCUGAUAGAGAAUUAGAUUCAGAUUCGAGGGAAGAAAAGGAUAACGUCGAUUCAUCUCCGCUGUAUUUUGUUUAG